UUCACAAGCAUUCAAGCCGCACAAACUUGCCACUCCUUCAUUCUGACAUCCUCUUAAUCUCUUCAAAACACCCCCACCAAUCCAAGAGAAUCAUGGACGGCACCGGAGUGGUUGCAGUUUACGGCAACGGCUCCAACUCCAUAACCGAAACCAAAACAUCAACAUUCUCCGUCAAAGUUGGGCUUGCCCAGAUGCUCCGAGGCGGCGUCAUCAUGGACGUCGUCAACGCAGAGCAGGCACGGAUAGCCGAAGAAGCGGGCGCGUGCGCAGUCAUGGCACUGGAGCGUGUGCCCGCGGAUAUCCGUGCUCAAGGUGGGGUUGCUCGAAUGAGCGACCCCCAGCUCAUUAAGGAGAUUAAACAGGCUGUUACAAUACCCGUUAUGGCCAAGGCUCGGAUUGGUCAUUUUGUUGAAGCUCAGAUUCUGGAAGCCAUUGGUAUUGAUUAUGUUGAUGAGAGUGAGGUGUUGACAUUGGCUGAUGAUAUGAACCAUAUUAAUAAGCAUAACUUCAGGAUUCCCUUUGUUUGUGGCUGUCGUAAUCUUGGGGAGGCUUUGAGGAGGAUUCGUGAAGGGGCUGCUAUGAUUCGUACCAAAGGGGAAGCUGGAACUGGUAACAUAAUUGAGGCAGUAAGACAUGUGAGAUCUGUGAUGGGUGACAUUAGGGUCUUGGCAAACAUGGAUGAAGAUGAGGUGUUCACCUUUGCAAAGAAAAUCCAAGCCCCGUAUGACUUGGUGAUGCAGACAAAGCAAUUAGGGCGGCUCCCAGUGGUGCAGUUUGCCGCUGGCGGUGUUGCUACACCAGCUGAUGCAGCUCUGAUGAUGCAGUUGGGAUGUGAUGGUGUUUUUGUUGGUUCAGGCGUGUUCAAGAGUGGAGAUCCGGCUCGUAGGGCUCGUGCUAUUGUUCAAGCGGUCACACAUUACACUGACCCAAAGAUGCUCGCGGAGGUGAGUUGUGGUUUGGGUGAAGCUAUGGUCGGGUUGAACCUCGACAAGAAUGUGGAAAGGUAUGCUAACCGGUCCGAGUAAAGUUGACCGGCACAAGGGUGGAUUAUAAUAAUAGCUUUGGUUUAUUUUGAUUUUCUUCUUAGCGAAAGAUUCUUGUGUUGAAGAAACAAGAAAAUAUACAACUAUUGUUGUUAUUGUCACAAGUGUUUGUAUUUGCGCACUAUUUAAUUUAUCUUGAUUCUCAUAUUUUGGUUU